ACGACAGUGGGAAUCCAUUCGAGAGCGUUUCCCGUCUAUCGUCCGGUCCGCUCCGAGUCUUGCGUUAGAUUUGGUAGAUUGAAGAAAACAGAGGGAAACUUGAAAAGACUGGGAAGAAAAGGAGGGGAGACCAGUCGUUAGAUCGAUAGAUCGCGGUCAGAGGCAGCGGCAAUUGGAUCGCUCUAAACCAAUUCAUAUUCCCCAUCUUCCAGGUGGAUCUGGGUUGAUUUGGUUCCUUUCUGAAAGGAGUUGUAAUCAAGAAGCUGAGCCCGGAGAUGAGGAAGAAGUUAGGCACCCGAUUCCCGGCGUCAAGAAUAAAAAAGAUAAUGCAGACAGAUGAAGAUGUUGGCAAGAUUGCCUCGGCUGUGCCUCUUCUUGUAUCAAAGGCAUUGGAGUUGUUCUUGCAAGAUCUUUGUGAUAGGACAUAUGAAAUUACUCUCCAAAGGGGAGCCAAGACAUUGAAUUCUUCACACUUAAAACAAUGUGUGAAGACUUACAGUGCUUAUGAUUUUUUAACUGGUGUCGUCAACAAGGUACCAACCCUUGGUGGCAUGGAAACUUCUGAAGAUGACAAGGGAAUUGGCCGUAGAAGGAAGGCACUGCUACAUGGGGAUGAAGUUGACGGCAAUGAGGAACUCAGGUCCCCCAAGAUGGCUAUGAUGGAUGCUAGUAAUAGCCCUAGAGGGCGUGGCAGGGGCAGAGGAAGAAGAGGUCGACCACCAACAAAGCAUAGAGAAGAACGGUAUGUGAAAUGUGAAGAUGAUGACAAUGACAUAAUGUGUGACGAGCAAGAUGAGAGCCCUACUGGGCAGUCUGGACAGUCUGAAAGAGUGGAAAAGGAGACUAAUCCACAGACUGCACCUCCUCUCUCGACUUCAGUCACGGGGGGACCUGAAACUUCAACUGCAGUGGAGAGUAAGCAGGGUCAAAAUCCUGCAUGGCCUCUGCCUGAUGGAGUGGGCAACAUGGGCAUAGAACCAUCAAGACUUGUGACCAUGCAGAUAGACGAGGAUGAGGAUUAUGACAAUGAAGAUUAGUGAAUUUAUUUAUUUAUUUUGUUCUUUUCUCUUCCUAGUUACUAACUAAUCUCUCUCUCCUGUAAAUAAUUCUCAUUCCUAACAGAAAUCUAGAGUUAAUUUAGUUUUUUCCUUGGUCGAGCUCUCUAGUGUAACUUAGUCGCUUUAGAAAUGGUGGGCCGCUGGUAAUUAAUUGUCUUGUUGGCUGGCUGGAUCAACUGCUACAUGUUUUGUAAUCUCAAUUGUAUAGGGUUCUCAGUAGGAGAGACAACCCAAGACUGUUUACAAUCUCUUUACCUUGUAAUGAAACUUGAACUGUUGUUAAUAAUGUAUUGUUAGGUCUUUUGAA